AUGAAUGAAAAAGUAACAACAACUGUAAUGUGUGACAACGAAGAAACAAUUGAUAAUGAUGAAGGUCAAAUUCGUUCAUCUGACUAUCCGAAUAUGAUCCCAGACGGUAAGAACUACUGCCAAAUCCGUUUUUACUUCGAAAAACUUUCGAUUAUGGAACUUUUCUUAAUUGACCUACCUACACUGGAAGUCACGUACCAGGACAGUUAUGACUUUAGUUCAAGUCGUAACAACGCAUCCAGGCAUAUGUUCAUUCCACCGGCUUACCAAGUUAACUUAAAUAUCGAAUUGAAUAAAUUGCCACAGCGCCGAAUCUGGAUGUAUUACAGAGUUUUACCUACAAACUCCAACCACUCAAGUGACAAAACCGGUAUGCCCUGGACAAACAGCUGCCAAAAUCAAGUGACGACUCCAGAACCCAUGAAUAUGACAACUUUAAAAAGUAAUCCAGGCAUAUCAGAAAUGUCAAAAAUGACAAUGUUCAAGGUUUCAAGUUCUCCAAAUCCCAGCAAAGAUAUGCCCUCGAUGCACAAGACCGGGGCCAACCAAGGAGAAAAGGAAUUGAGCACUGCCCCGCACAUUGUGAUCCCGGAUGGCAUUCCAGUUGAUACUGAAGUCGUAGACAAGAUGGAACCUGUGACCAUUCCCGUCAUGCCUGCAAACACCGGUAGCAUUAGCAGCAGCACGAGCAGCAGCAGUGGGGGCGAUGUUAGACCCGUUGAAAAACCGCCAAAUCAUCCGACGCAUCAUGAAAACAGAAAAAAGGCAUCGUCGGUCUCUGAAACUCCGACAACUGGAUUAUAUAGUAGAGAGGUCGUCAUCGGGUUGAUCGCUGGCGUCGUCAUACUGGCGUGUUUAGUUAUCAUCCUCCUGACGGCUCUGGUUGCAAGUAUGCGACGAAAUCCUCCCAAUACGAUUCCUUGUGGGACCACGAAACCGCCUCCUCCUAGAAACGCUGCACAGUUACGUCGACGGUCCCUUGCAGACGCUGAAGAGAGAGAUGAACAUAACAGCGGCCCCGGUAUUACAACAAACGAAAAUUUGGUAUCGUUCCAGUACCUGAAGACACUCCCUGCCGAAGGAGACAAUGGGACCUUGGGCACGAGAUCUCAAGAAAGCGAAGACAGCAUCAGUAGAGAUUCUACAUCAAAGAAAAGCCUCAUAACUAAACCCGUUAAAAAGAAAAACUCCCUGGCUCCUUCCGAGAACGAAUCGAGCAAAACUGCAGAUACGAUUUCAAGCAAGGACGACAGCGUUUUCCACUGUUUCAAGAACACCGACGAUUAUUCAAAUUUCCACAGCGAGGGGAGUAAGUCAGUCGACUCAGGUCUUAUGAACAAGAACGAUAACUCUUUCACUGGGAGGAAUCGCCUUGAUGCUGACCUUUCAAAGUACGCAGAAAAUCACGAUGGCAAAGACGACGAUGUAUUUCGAGACGUUCCACACUUUUAUGUCAAUGGAGACGAUUACGCCUUGGUACAAAAGGAUAGUCGCCGGUCACCAAGAAGUACUCUCAUCGGUGAUAAAUCAAGUAUUUACGCCAAUUCAUCUCCCAGACCCAAAAGUGGAAGCAGUGGAAGCGUCCAGGAUUCUGAUGUCUUGGAAUGGACAAAAGGUUUUAAUCUAGCUGUUUAA